AUGCUACGCUCACUGUCAAGGCGUCUUUAUCAGACACGUCCAUCAUUGAGCCUCCAGGGAUGGGCUCGAACAGCUGUCCCUUUCCAGACCUUGAGGCGAUCGACCUAUGCGACCACGGCGUCUGAACCCAAGUCGCCCAAACUGCAGUUGCGCAACUAUCAGCUAGAAUGCAUCAAAUCAGUCAUUUCUGCGCUCAAAAGAGGACACAAGAGAGUCGGGAUCUCCCUCGCGACUGGCAGUGGGAAGACUGUCAUCUUCACACAGCUCAUUGAGAAGAUUGAGAAGCGUGCAAACGGGGGCGACAGCACACUCAUCCUCGCACAUCGUCGCGAGCUCGUUGAGCAAGCCGCUCGACAUUGCCGCCUGAACUAUCCCGGGAAGCGCAUCGAGAUUGAGAUGGGCAACAUUCAUGCGUCCGGCGCAGCAGACAUUACCAUUGCCAGCGUGCAGAGCAUAAACUCAAAGGAUCGGCUGGACAAGUACAACCCGUCCAAUUACAAGCUUGUGCUCGUGGACGAAGCACACCACAUUGUUGCGCCCGGGUACAUGAAGGUACUCAGCCACUUUGGCCUCAACACGAAGCGCGAUGAUUCACCUGCUCUGGUGGGCGUGUCCGCGACCUUUGCACGGUUUGACGGGGUCAAGCUCGGCGCGGCGAUUGACGAGAUUGUCUACCACAAAGACUACGUCGACAUGAUCUCGGACAAGUGGCUAUCCGAUGUGGUCUUCACCACCGUCGAAUCCACAGCGAACCUCUCCAGAGUCAAAAAGAACCCUUUUGGGGAUUUCCAGACGAGCGAUCUGUCAGAGGCUGUCAACACUGACGAGAUCAACGACAUCACCAUCCGUAGCUGGAUGGCCAAGGCAGCGAACCGCAAGUCGACCCUCGUUUUUUGCGUCGACAUUGCCCAUGUCAGGGGUUUGACCCGCAGAUUUCGUGAGUAUGGGCUCGACGCCCGAUAUGUCACGGGAGAUACGCCACAAGUCGAACGGGGAGAGAUCCUCGAUGCUUUCAGAAGGGGGGAGUUUCCUGUCCUUGUCAACUGCGGUGUCUUCACGGAAGGGACCGACAUACCGAACAUUGACUGCAUCAUCCUGGGUCGGCCGACGCGGUCUCGAAACCUGUUGGUGCAGAUGAUUGGUCGAGGCAUGCGCUUGCACCCAGACAAGGAGAACUGCCACAUCAUCGACCUCGUAUCGAGCUUAGACACCGGCAUCGUGACUACGCCGACACUGUUCGGGCUGGACCCGAGCGAGCUGGUCAACGAGAUGUCCGUCAAGGGGAUGAGGCGUCUCAAGCGAGAAAAGGCUGCGGAAGCAGCUGUGCUUCGAGAGGCGGUCGCUCGUGGUGAGGGUCCCCGAGUCGACUCCUCCACGGCCGUCACUUUUACCGAUUACUCCUCCGUGGUCGACCUCAUCGCCGACACCUCUGGCGAGCGGCACAUCCGCGCCAUCAGCGACUACUCCUGGGUGCAGGUGGGCGCGGAGCGCUUCGUGCUCAGCGCACCCAGCGGCUCGUACAUACGCAUCGAGAAAAUCGACCAGACAUCGCCGGCCAAGCCCGGGGCCAACAGCGAGAAGCCCGUCUACAGAGCCGUCGAGAUCCGCUCUCUGCCACCCGGGGUGAGCAAGUCGCCUUUUUCCGCGCCUCGCGAGCUUCUCACCGCGACCACCUUUAGCGACGCCGUGCAUGGGGCAGAUAGCUACGCGCAACAUGCGUUUCCCCUGAGCUUCAUCAGCCGCCGCCAGCCGUGGCGUCGACUCGCGCCCACGCAGGGGCAGCUCGAUUUUAUCAACAAGUUGCGCGGCGAGUCAUCGCCUGUCAAGGUGGGCGAUCUGACCAAGGGCAAAGCAGCUGAUAUGAUCACGAAGCUGAAACAUGGUGCUCGAGGGUGGUUCGCAAAGAUUGAGGCCGACCAGCGCAGGAAGGAGAAGCAGGUGUUAGUGGAGAGGGCAAAGAACGCACGAGAGAAGGUUAAGGUCGGACCCCUCGCCGCAUGA